AUGCAUCAGCGUAGUUGCAGAGUAAUUGAUGGCAUGGAGGAGGAAUUACAACAACAAAUGACAGACGCUUUAAAUGACCAAGUAUGCGAGGACAGCGUUCAAUCAGUAGAGGACGUAAUUUCGUGUUUAAAUUCUCAAGAAAGCUACCCUGAUUUGAAAAAAGGAAUAAAACUGCCUAAAUCUCCUAUACUGUGGUCAAAUGCUAACGACUUUUUUCAAUUCACUCUUUCAAACCAGCCAAUUACAACGCAAGAAAUCAGUAAAUGCAUCAAUACCAUGACAACAGUAAUAUACAAUUACUUCAGUGAAAAUUAUGGGUUUGUUGAUAUCAACAAUAAUAAAGUAUUUGAGUCGAAAUAUAAAUCAGCUUCAGCUAAAGAUCUAAAAAAAGUCUUAAAGAAAUUAAAGUCGGACAAUGGCAAUCUAAUGGAAAUCAAAUUUGUUGCUAAAAAAUUGCGUAAUCGUCUACGUAGAGCUGACACUGACCAACAACAUGCUGAUAUCAACACGUCAGAUGUAAUUGAUCACAAUGAGUUAAUCAAUAAAAACUUUCGGGGUUAUGUUAAAAACAUUUUCACGAAAAAGUCAGAUUCACUACCAACAUUUGAUCUCGCACAAUGCACAGCAUAUUUUACAAGAACAUUUUCCGCAGUUAUUCCAAAUAAAAUUUUCAACAUUCCCAGCUGGAUUCCUAAAUUUAGUUCCCCGACAUCUUGA